CAGAGAAACCAUCUUGGUCCACGACGUUAUGUCUGUCUGGUAAGGUAGCUACGGUAGUGGGGUGGCGCAAAGGCACUGGUACGCUCAUAAUGUCUUCAAUUGAGUUGCCUUCUUUCGUCUUCGAAACAUGCCGAAACUCGUCCACUUGAUCUUGGCCACGGUGAUUAUUCAUCUCCUUCGCGGAGCAGAAAGCCGCAGCGUCCCACGAUACCUCCGUUCUCUGCAAAGAGAUGAUGGCACAAUCAUGUGCAAGAUAAGGGUUGUUGCUGCCAUGCUAGAUUUCGAAAACGAGGAGUCGUCAACAAACCACGAGGUUUUAUGUGUGGAACCAAACGGUGCCAGAGGAGAAGCCUAUGUCUAUGUCAUUGAGGGAUCUGACUCUGUUUUGGUUGAAUAUGCGAACGAACAAGUCAGCCUGACUCAUGUGAUUGUCGAUGACCAACUCAUGACGGUAAAAGUUGGCGAGAAUGUGACAAUCACAAGGCACUCAAGACACCGCAAUCUGCAGGAAUUACCGUACGCAAUUGGCACUCGGACCGUCUUGGCCUUACGGGUAUCAUUCCUUGACACGGAGCCAUCAUAUUCUGCAGAGUUCUUGGGUCAGACAUUGUUUGGAGCCGACAAUGGAACCAUAACAAUGCAAAGUCAAUUCGAGGCUUGCUCGUUUGGAAAGCUGCAGUUGACACCUGCCCAAGACGAAGUGCAUUCAAAUGGAGAAUACACUAUCGCCAAUGGUGUGGCGGAAAUCACUGUUCCACGAAACACCACCGAGGUUGGACUUACGCGAUGGUACGCAGAACGGGCAGCACGAGCAGAAGCAGAGAGACUGUUCGGUGACCUUGAGCUAGCCUAUGAUCACGUGCUCUUCUGUAUGCCCAAUGGGAUCCCCUACACAGAUGAUAGAUCCUUCUGGGUGGCGUACGCCUAUCUCAGUGCAGGUCUUUCAUUCUACAACGACAACAAUUGCCUCUAUGUUAGCGUUGUAUCCCAUGAGCUUGGACACAACUUUGGACUGGGGCAUUCAAACUAUGGUGGGCAAUACGGCGACCGUUCAGGGACGAUGGGCCUAGGGUACCCCCAAAUCGGAGGACCCCGUCGAUGCUUCAAUGCCGAAAAGAACUACUUGUUGGGUUGGUAUUCAGAUCGCGCUGUUGCCAUCAAUGUUUUGGAACAACAGCGGGCUUGGGGAGGGACCUUGGUUGCAUUCCCGGACUACAACAAGGCAGACGUCGAUGAGGUCGUUGUCAUACGAAUCGAUGGCGCCCUCGACGGGAGGAACAAUCCAAAUCCGCACUAUAUUCACUUUAACCGUGCCAAAGGAUUCCACAGCGAGACAAAAAGCUUUGCGAAUCUCAUUGUCACAGUCCAAGGAUUUUCCGGCUAUCGCGUUGGCGCCGUCGGAAGCUACGUCGUGCCAGCUGAUGGUGUCGGAGGGAUCGCAAUCGACACAGCAGAGCAAAGAUACAUUCCAGAGCCUGCAAUCCAGCAACGCAUUUUCAAUUUUGCGAAUAGCAACUUCGACCUGAUCAUAGAAGUGUGCUCACAGGAAUAUGGGGACAAGGAUUCUGCAGAUAUAUCAAUACACAUCGACGACGGGCGCCAACAAAGUGCCUGCCCCCAGGACGGACAACCACCUUCCACUGCCCCUUCACUAUUUCCCAGUGUCAGCCCAUCAUCGAGGCCAACAACCUAUUGCGAAGAUUCACAGGAUGCAUGGUUUGAUGUUGUGGGAUAUGGCAAUGUAAAUUGUUUGUGGCUCAGCCACAAUAGGCCUGUCCAGAAUCAAAUCUGUCGCGAGGGUCACCCGGCAUAUAGCAUCUGCCCGGAUACAUGCCGCAAGUGCCACGAUAACUGCGAAGACGACUACCAAGCAAAUUUCUUCGUCAACAGAAUCAGGGGAACACAGAACUGUAGAUGGCUUAGCGUGAGGCCAGCCUGGCAAACGCUGCUCUGCGACGCCGAUGCAGAUCAUCCAGCCAGAGGAGCGUGUGGAGAGACUUGCAAUAGCUGUCCCCAUCUCGAGAUAUCUCCGAACCACCUCUGCGAAGACGACGUGAAUACAACCUUCUACGCCAACCAUGUCCAAGGGUGGAAGAACUGUGCCUGGCUUGCUGGCACAAGCAACCCUGUGUGGAGAUACCAUCUUUGUCGACAGGAAGCCCCCAAACGGAUUUGUGCCGAAACUUGUGGGGCUUGCCGUGACAACUGCGACGACAGUGCCGAAACUUUUCACGUGGACCGACUGAGCGCGUCGCGUGACUGCUCGUGGCUUGCAGCUCGGCCAGGGUGGCACGCGGAGCUUUGUUCGGAUGUUGUUGUCGCAGAUCUCUGCAAGGAGACUUGUAACACUUGCUGAUUGUCGUCGUCACUUCGGUUGGUAAACAAAGUCCACGCAAACAAAAUAUUUUUAUUUCCUGGUGUUCAGUAAUUCAUAGCCAAAAGACUUCCUCUUGGUAUACCGUCAAUGUGUAGACGUCGUUCUAUAUCACAUGUUUCUUCUUGUUCUUCUUUACUUCUGUGU